CUUUUGUUUUUUCUUUCGCGAGUACGCGUCAUCAUCGUCUUUGCCUUCGUUGUUCACUCUUUCUUUUCUUUGGCGCCUUUUUGGCGGGAAAUAAAACCGCUAAGCAGACGCAAAAGAAACAUAAAACCGUCAUAUCUAAACAGAGACCACAAAUUUAGCAUAACCCGUUUCUCGUUUCCGUCUCAAUUUCAUCCCUAGGUAUUAACAAAUGGCAGCAGCUACAGAAGAAGAGCAAGAACAAGAGCUCACUCCAGAACAAUUAGAUGAAGAGUUCUCGGUAUGGAAAAAGAACACACCAUUCCUUUACGACCUCGUCAUUUCUCACCCACUUGAAUGGCCAUCUCUUACUGUCCACUGGCUCCCACUCGCCGCUCCACUACCUCACCCCACUAAUCCUUCUUCUUUCUCCGUGCACAAGCUCGUUCUUGGAACUCAUACAUCUGAUGAUUUUCCCAACUUUCUCAUGAUUGCUGAUGCUGUUCUCCCAAUUCGCGGUGCUCAGCCCAAGUUUGAUGCCAAAUCUGAAGAUUCUCUCAUUCCUAAGGUAGAAAUAUCUCAGAAGAUACGUGUUGAUGGAGAGGUCAACAGGGCAAGAUGCAUGCCACAAAAUCCAGCUUUUAUUGCUGCAAAGACAAGUGGCUGUGAUGUUUAUGUGUUUGAUUCUACUAAACAGUCAGAGAGGCAACAAGAUGAUGGCUGUGAUCCUGAUUUAACUUUGAGAGGUCAUGAUAAAGAAGGAUAUGGAUUGUCUUGGAGUCCUUUUAAGCCGGGUUAUCUUGUGAGUGGUUCACAUGAUAAUAAAAUAUGUUUGUGGGAUGUGUCUGCUGUGGCCAAAGAUAAAGUUCUUGACUCGAUGCAUGUUUAUGAGGCACAUGAUAGUGUCGUUGAAGAUGUGUCAUGGCACUUGAAGAAUGAGAAUAUAUUUGGUUCCGUCGGAGAUGAUUGUAUGUUAAUGAUCUGGGACUUGCGCACAAAUCAAACUCAGCAUUCUAUUAAAGCUCAUGAAAAAGAGGUCAAUUAUCUUUCUUUCAAUCCCUACAAUGAGUGGAUUCUUGCUACAGCAUCUUCAGAUGCUACUGUUGGUCUGUUCGAUAUGCGGAAGCUUAGUGCACCCCUGCAUGUUUUAAGUGGUCACACAGAAGAGGUCUUCCAAGUGGAGUGGGAUCCUAAUCAUGAAACAGUGCUAGCAUCUACAGCUGAUGACAGAAGGUUGAACGUUUGGGACCUGAACAGGAUUGGGGAAGAGCAAUUAGAGUUAGAUGCUGAAGAUGGCCCUCCAGAACUUCUUUUCUCGCAUGGAGGUCACAAGGCAAAGAUCUCAGAUUUCUCGUGGAACAAAAAUGAUCCCUGGGUCAUUUCAAGUGUGGCUGAUGACAACACUCUUCAGGUGUGGCAAAUGGAUGAAGGUAUUUAUCGCGAUGAUGAUGAUAUGCUUGCUGCGGAUGACGACGCCUAGAUCUACAAUAAGCUAAAACAGCUAACUUAUGACUUCUUUAUUUUGGGCUUUAACCAUGACUAAUGUCUUCUUGAGACAUGAUCAUAUGCCCUUUUUCUUAUUUAUUGCGCCGAGUAAUUUCUACAACCUGUGGUUAUUUCUGGUUUUGGCUACCACAUUGUCAUUCUGCUUUUGCACUUGCAAUUUCGUUGGUAUUAAGACCA